AUGGCUCCAAAGACUGGGUUCAAAAUCCCUCAACCUUGGGACACAAGUAGACCUAUACUUGAUGAAAAGGAUCCCCUGUCGAUUGAGGCAUAUUUGCGUCACUGCGCGCAGAUCGUGGAGGAUGGUGGCAUCACAGAUGUCAAACAAGCAAAAAGCAUGUACAUCCGUUAUUUGCCGUCGCGGCAAGUGAUGGACGUAUGGGAAGGUCUCGAUACCUAUUCCGACAACACGAAAACUGUCGCGGAGUUCGAGGCCGAAAUAUUAAAAGGAUACCCUGAGGUAUCCAAGCGAAAAACGGGGACCAUGGCAGAUCUAGAUAGACUCUGUCGCGAGAACCGUGGAAUCAAAAUCACGGAUGAGGGAGAUUUGAAGCGCUUCGGCCUUCAGAUGUACAGUCACUACAAGCGACUGUCAGUCCCUCCUGCCAUUAUUACCAACAAAGUCGCGUGUGAACGCUACAUGCGUACUUUGGACUCUGAGUUCAGUACCGUCUUGAGGAACGCUUUGGCUACGAGUCAAGUAUUCAAUAAGCGCUACCAAACUCGCGCUGGGAUAGCAAAUGCUAAUGUCCCCGCGACUGGAGUCAACCGGCAGGACGACCCCAUCCAGCUGAAAGAGCUAAUGACAAUGGCGGAAGAAAUGGCGUCGACGUUGAGUAACGAAGACGAAAUUCCCAUAAUCGCGCUGAAAUGCUGA